AUGCUCCAGACAGCUUCACGCCACUCCGGCAGCUGCAAUCCUGAGGUCUCUAUAGAACCCAGCUGGCCCAGAUCUCCAGAUGGCUCAGGAUGGGACGGCAAGAAUUUGCUCCCGAUGGUCCUCAGAGGCGCCAGCCCGUUCCGCAAAACCUGGGAUGUCAACGUGCUCCUAAAGGAAGUCGAAAGCAUCCUCGGCGCCCAGGUGGUCGAUAUCCCUCAAGCAUCAGCCGGCGCACACAACUACGGCCUCGCCAUGGAACUCUCAGACGGCCGCCAAAUUUUGGCACAAUUGUUACAUUUCCAACUGCCACCCAGCUUUUCUGAAGACUGGCUGCUGCCGAGGAUCAUGUUUGUACCCGCGGCAUUGGACUUCCCACACACAGUCACACCAACACGAGACUUCUGCAUAGCGCUUCUCCAAAGUGCGGUCGAGGCAGUGUUCAAGAACAAAGUCAUCUGCAAAACACCGGGGAAAGAUACUAUCGACCCAAAGCUGCUCGCAGCCAAGCAGUCCAUCCUGCGGUUUAUCCCAUCGAUCCUGCCUGCGCAGAGGCACGACGAGGAGAAUCUUGAUUAUUACCGUUUUGUCCUCCAGCACGACGAUUACGGUAUCCACAACAUGUCCAUCUGGUUGGACGAAGAGGGUCGCGUCGGCAUCACUUCGGUGUACGACUGGGAGACGGGAUGUAUCGUCCCGCUUAUCUUGUCCGAGAUUGACUUCUUGAUCUUUGGUCGCUACCUGACUGUCGACGGGAAUGGCGAGCCAUCCUGGCGCCUGUGGGAUCCGGCGACUAAGGUGGAGCCAGAAUGGCCUGCUAUGUUCCAGACACAUGCUCGUCACUACGUCCAGGCACUCAAGCAACGCGCACCUGUUUUGGACAGUGCGAUCCGUGAGGGAAAGGAUGCGCGCCACUUGUGGCUUGCAUUGAAGCGGUGGCGAGGAGAUGAUCCGCUCCAGUUCUUUUGCGAGCUCGGCACCUGGGCUGAGGCCAGAAUGAGAGAGAAAGAGGGAGGUUGGAUGGAAUAUAGAGCUUGA